UCUGACAAUUGAUUAAUAUAUAUUUAUACACCGAAGCUCACAUUAUAUGAAAAGUAUUAGGUGGCCAACAUUGCAUCCUCUCUCAGUUUCUGUGCCUAGAAGUAGGUGUCUAUGGCCAUAAUGAUCAGAUCAGUAAUGACAGGCUUUUCCUUCUUCAUAUCAAUGCUUUUGUUUCUUCUCACCAUUUCAGAUUUGUUUGCGCGAAUCCAUGGCCUUGGUUUUGGAAUCAACUACGGACAGAUAGGCAACAAUUUGCCUCUUCCCUCUCAAGUGGCUGUUCUUAUAAAAUCUAUGAAUGUGAGUAGGAUCAAGCUCUAUGAUGCUGAUCCAGAUGUUCUACAAGCCUUCUCUCAGUACAAUGUGGAAUUCAUUAUAGGACUUGGAAAUGAGUACCUAGAGAACAUGACAAACCCUUAUAAAGCUCAAACUUGGAUUCAGCAGCAUGUUCAACCUUACCUUUCACAGACUAAAAUCACUUGCAUCACUGUGGGAAAUGAGGUGUUCAAUAGCAAUGAUACUCAGCAAAUGUUGAACCUUCUCCCAGCAAUGCAAACUGUGCAUGAUGCCCUUGUUAAUCUUGGACUAGACCAACAAGUAACCGUCACAACCGCGCAUUCCUUCAACAUAUUAUCCAAUUCCUACCCUCCUUCGUCCGGAGCUUUUAGGGAAGAUCUUGUGCAAUAUAUCCAAGCCCUUCUUGACUUUCAUGCUCAAAUCAACUCACCUUUUCUUAUCAAUGCAUACCCUUUCUUUGCAUACAAAGACAACCCGGAUGAGGUUUCCUUAAACUAUGUGCUUUUUCAGCCGAAUGAAGGCAUGGCUGAUCCAAACACCAAUUUCCAUUAUGACAACAUGUUGUAUGCUCAAAUUGAUGCUGUCUAUGCUGCCAUCAAACAAAUGGGGCAUGAUGAUGUUCAAGUAAGGAUUUCUGAGACCGGUUGGCCUUCUAAUGGUGAUCCUGAAGAGGUUGGAGCUACACCGCAGAACGCCGCAUUGUAUAAUGGUAACUUGAUCAAAAGGAUAGAGCAGAAACAAGGCACUCCUGCAAAACCAUCGGUUCCAAUUGACAUAUAUGUCUUUGCACUUUUUAAUGAGAAUUUGAAGCCUGGUCCAGCAUCAGAGAGAAACUAUGGACUUUACUAUCCUAAUGGUUCUCCAGUUUAUAACAUUGGAUUGAAGGGUUAUCUCCCAGAGAUGCCUUUGGCAGCUAAAUCCAAUACUUUGUCUGUCAAUUUUCUUGUAUGCAUAAUUACAUGCUUGAUAUUUGCUUUGGAGCUUUCAAGAUGGUGAUCAGAAAGGAAGGCUAAAGGGAAACAGAGGAAUUCCCAUACGUCAUUCUUUUGCAAUAGAUAGUUAUUCAAGAAAGGUUCUGCCUUAAUAUCAAUUCGUGCAUGCCACAAGUGGACUCUGGUGCCGACCUUAACCACCCCAAGAAAGCCUUCAUUACUCUUUUUGAAUAUUAAAAUAUGGUAAUUAGUCUCCAUCUUCCUUAUCUCCCACAUGCAAUCAUGCGUAUGAAUCAUCCUGUGAAGGAAAUUAUUCUUGUCUUCAGCUAUACAAAAGUCCAAAUCAGUUGCAUCAGAUUAAAAAUAAAAGCCCUCAGAACCUCAUCUCAGAAAUUCAAACCCCACAAGUUUUGUACAUGGUUGUGAUUUGUGAGCCUUAUUUCACGCAUAUUUCCUUCUUGUUCCAGUAAUUUCUCUUUUUAUUUCCAUUUUAUUUUUUAAGCAUACUAGUCAUUCUUUAAACAUUUCAAACUCACCAUGAUUGAAGCACAAUGUUCAAAUCAAAUUCAUUUAAUUAACUUAGUGUGGAAUAAAUAGUUACUGUGCAAGGGUAUUAUAAAAAAAAUGCUUACAGAGUUGAGAAUUUCUACUAUCUCUACCACUGAGUCAUGUUCUUGCCAAUGCAAUAGGAAUUUCUUUGGGUGAAUUGUUCGAAUGUCUAAAUAACGUGUUGGAUAAUUAUGUGCUUGCGUAUCAUAUAUGACUUAACAAGUAUACCACAUAAAAUGGAAGAGGUUAUGAGCAUGAGUGGCUAAAACUUUCAAAGAAGGAAACUGAUUUAGAACUAUUUGUGGCUUCGUUUUUGUACAAAAACCACGUGGAAUAUUCUACAACAUGAGAUGCUAAUCGCUUAUUGAAAUGAACAUGGCAUGGUUCAUACCCUUGAAAAUUGUUGUAUUCAAUAUCGGUUAUAGGUCCAAAUGGGAUAAGAUAAUUGACAGGUAAAAACAUCCACUUGAAAAUUUCCAGCUCGGACACUGAUUCGGUGAUUCCUAUCGUACCUGAACUUUUGAUGCAUUAAAAAUGUUAAAUUUUUUUUUUUGUAUGUAGAUUUAACAAUUGUUAGAGCAUUAUAAUAUGAGUUAAAGUUAUACACGAAUAGGUAAAGUUUUAUAUUGCCAUCAUCAUAAAUCACUAUACAUGUUAAAUUUGUUAACUUAUAAUAUUAGUUGGUUUUUAUUUUGACUAAGUAUAGCUUCAUGAACUCUUGUCAAAAGAAACAAAUAGAAUGUAGUAAGGUGAAAUAUUUAACAUAAAUUCGUGGACACUGGAAUGGUGAACCUAACUCCAUGGCCAUUUAAUGCGUAUAGAUAAUGGCAGAGGUUUCGUUUCUCUAAUAUUCAAGUUCAACAAUACAAAGGGUGGCAUGUAGUCAUGAUGUAGAAAUAUAGUUAAAUUUAAAUUUAAUUUAUUAAACAAGGUUUAAGAAGAAGUAAUAUAAAUUGCAGGAUAGAGGAGGUUCCUUAUCAUCUUAACCAAAUCAUAGCAAAUGAUGUAGCUUCUGCUUUUUCGUUGCAUUAAUAAAAUCCAGCAUUUACACGUAAAAAAAAGUAAUAUAAAUUGUUGGGGUAUAAUAUAUAAUGUGAUUUCUCUCAAUUUUGAGACAUCUUUCAAACUGUGGUUACGUAUAUCUCUCUAGGUAAUACAUGAGUGGGAAAGGUGGAGUCUGCAUUUGGUAUAUGGUCAGUAAAUCAAAGCUAUUGGAUAAAGAUCAAACGUUUGAAAUUUCGAAUUUAUGUUUCGAAUUCAAUUUGCUAAGAUUGAAAAUUAAGGCCGUUUGAUUUUCAUAUAUAAUGACUUCAAUGUACUGAGUGCACUAAAUGCACCAUUUUUACUGCAUUGAUACAAAGCCCUAGGUCCAAUAUUUAUUUGAUUGCAUG